UUUGCGUAGCUACUAUACACCUUAAUAAGCCGGAGCAACGCGGAUAUAAAAGCAAGGUCCGUUCAUUGUGUUUGAUUCAUGAACUGCGAGCCACUUACAUAGAGAGAUCGAUAACGACCGAUCUAUCCCUAUGCAACAUGUAGGAGUCACUUGACAACGUACGCGGCUAGACCAGCUAUCCGUGCAAUCAUGGAAUUGUAAUGCACUGUACAUGUACAUAAACCCAAGAAUGCCAUGUGAAAUACGUACGACUCUCAGUUCAAUUUGCCAUCAUUAAUUAAGUUUUGGGGGAAUUCCAAAAUAUCGCUCCCACAUGUGGCAAUUCAAAAGACAAUUUGCAAUGGGAGCCUGCUAAAACGUUGCCUUGUGGACUUUGAACGUAAACAUUGACUGUUUCUACGAAGGGAUAGUGGUACGUCAGGUAGACUUGACACAGUAGAGAUUCACAGUGAAGUCAUGAUGAACUUUUAGCAGCGAAUUGAAAGAAAUACAUGUUUCAUCAUGGGAUGUGGAGCGUCGAAAACCACAGCUCAUGAAUCGACUAGUGCUAGUCCUCAAGACGCCCAACAAACAAAAGAUCGGCGCCAAGAGCAAAAUCAACGGCGUAAACAAGAAGAGCAACAGCAGCAAAAGCAGCAUCCGCAGCAGCUACAGCAGAAGCAGCCACCCUCACCACAACAACAUCUUCAAGAGCAUGUCCAAUCCAGCCCGCUGAUUGACAGCGAGCCUGCAAAACACAGCGAGCACCGACCCAAGCCGACUCCGCCUGCUACAAAGAAAAAAGAAUACAUUCCGGAUUCGAAUGUGUUCGCGGAUAUUGACGACCACGCAUUACAGGCACCAAAGUCUGCAGCCAGCUCGAUAGAAAACCUCGUGAACUAUUUGACCAAGGUUUGCUCAACCAAUCUGGAGAGAAUCCGUGUGCUCUUCAGGUGGAUUACCAACAAUAUCGAGUAUGACGUCCAGAGCUACCGUUCUGGUAACAUCCAAGGAGGGAAUUGUACGCCGGAUGCGGUGUUGCAGAGAGGUUGUGGGGUGUGUGACGGGUACGGCCAGCUAUUCCAGGACAUGUGCAGGCGGGCAGGCAUCAGGUGUGAGAAGAUCAGUGGGCACGCCAAGGGCGCCGGGUAUUCGGCUGGAGACUUGUUUGAGGGCAAGGCUACAAAUCAUGCAUGGAAUGCCGUGUAUGUAGAUAACGCCUGGCGUCUACUCGACUGCACGUGGGCUACUGGCUUCGUAAAUCCCGCUCAGCCUUUCCAGUUCAAGUUCAAGGAAAAUUACUUUCUGACCGAUCCUGAGGAGUUUAUUUACACACACUUUCCUUACAACAAAAGCCAGAACAUGGACAAGUGGCAACUGCUUGAUACACCAUGGACUCUAGAGCAAUAUGAAGAGGCACCUUUUCUGAAAGGAGGCUUUUUUGACCUCGGUAUAAAUCCCUCGAGCUUGAGUCACUACAGAUCUCUCAUUGAGAUCGAUGACUCAGUUAUAUUUGGCUUCUCAUCCGACCGGCAAAUCUCGGUUACUCACACCCUAACAGACAAAGCCUCCGGACAGACGUUCAGUCAGUACUCGUAUUUGUACGUUCAUCAGGAUAAUUUUAAAGCUGUCACUCUUGUGGUGAACCCGCCCUCUGUCGGCGACUAUAAGCUAACUCUUUUUGCCAAGGAAAGAACAGCCGGUGACAAAAAGAAGGAAUGGAUAGGUGACUUCUUGUUAAGAUGUACCUCCGUGUCGUGUCCCAAGAACCCCUACCCUACCGUGCCCCAGUGGGGUCUUAAAGCCAAAGCUACGGCUCUUGGACUCUCAUUCAAGGGGACGAACCCGUCAGUGGCACCCGACGACACCGGUCUCGCCAAAGUGGAGCUUAAAAUUGACAAGAACCGGCCCGUUGAGACCAGCUGUGCUUUGUCCAAAGCCGGCGGGGUAGGAUCUGGAAAUAGUGUCCUAAGAACCAACACGGACGACGGCUUCACGUACCUAUUGGCCGUGCCUUCGGAAGGCUUGUUCAAGUGCACUCUCUUCGCCAAGCCUGCCGGAAGCGAAGGCAGCCCCGAUUACAUGGGUGAUUUUCUGGUUGAGUCUAAGAGUACCCCGUCCACUCCCAGAACCUUUCCACUUGUUUAUAAUCUUUUUGGUGAUGGAUGUGAGCUUCUGGAACCGAUGCAAGGCAGACUACCUGCAAAUACAGAGGUGAGAUUCAAGCUCCGUGUUCCAGACGCAGGCGACGUGGCUGUAGUCGCGAACGGCAGCCAGUGGCAUCACCUGGAGAACCCUUCGGGCGAUGAUCUAUGGCAAGGAAACGUCGCAACGAAAGUCGAGGGCGAUCUCACAGUUUACAAAAAGAACAAAAAGGGUACAUUUUCAGGAUUGCUCAAGUACACUAUUGCUUGAUGCAUUACUGUCGUGAUUAAAAAGCCGUUAGGCAAAGUUUAAAAAAAAAGAAUUCUUCUGGCUUUUUGGAGGGAAAAAAGGAGGCGACCUUUAUCCUGAAGAUGGCGGACGGAUUCUCCAGUUUUCUUGACUCGUUUGCUGAUACUUUUUAACCAAGGAAGCCAUCGACCUCUCUACCAGAUUCACCUACAUAGCUACAUUUUAAGGGUAACAAAUGUAAAGGCAAAAAUACAUUGCAAUUGUCUGAUUUUUGUUAUGAAAACGGGAAGCGUCCAGGAAAGAGGAGGCGUUCGGGGACGAGAAACUGUUGUUUUUUUAAUUGGCCUUAUCGUCGGGCAUAAUCAAGAUAUAUAAUGUGAUAGAAGCUUCAAUGCUUAUGUCAUUUCUGAGUCGUUUAAAAAUGCAGUUUUUGGCACAAUGCUAUUAAAAUUGAAUUGAAUUUUUUUUUAUUUUGGCUCAAAAAAAAAAUGAAAUUCAAACUUCCUGGAAGAUCUGGAAAAGACCCCAAAAUAUACAUUCCACCUGAUUUUAGGACAUCAUGUGCCAUUCUAAGAAAAUAUUGUGUGGAAAUGUUCGGGGAACAAUUAAUCAAUAAUUAUUUUUUUUCUUUGACAAAAAAGGUGAUUUCUUUUUAAUAUUUAUGAAAAUAAUAUAAUUGCAUGAUGAAUAUUAAAUUUUGCUUCCCUUGCAUCACAA